CAGCUCAAUCGUAAGACGAGCAGUAUGUGUCACCGUUCUCGUGUUUUUAAUCGUUGUGGCUCUGGUUUUGAAAAGCCCGACAUCGUCUGGGGAGCCAUCAACUGCGGCUGCAGCUGCCACGCCCAGUGCCAUCUUGAUCCCCAAAGUCGAAAACGCCUCCUCCAAAACAUCGCGGAUAAUCUCACUCCAAAAACAGGACUCAUUUAUGUGGCUAAAAAAUUCCAUAAAAAAGAUGCAGACCCACUAUACGGGUUUAGAUGGCAUGCUGACUGUAGCAAUUACAGCGUGUAUUUGCAUCGCUACGCUACUUGCGUUAAGAGUUGCAUAUGGUCUGGCCGUUCCGGCACGUUCUCGAUCGAAGCAUCUUCAUACUUAUAUAUUCAAGCUAGCUGGGAUAUGCACGGUGAUCGGCUUUAGCGCUUAUUUCAUAUCUUCCACAAAUUCCUCCAAAAAUUCCUCCACAGAUUCCCCCACAGAUUCCUCCAAAGAUCAAAAAGCUGAAUACAACAGAGCUAAUGGAUUAUUCUGUAAUUUCGCAGGUAAAUAUCCUGAUUACACAUGGAGGUUGAAAAAUGUGACCGACUUUUAUGUUUUCUUCAAUGGGUCUCAAGAUAGGACGUAUUUUCCUUCAGCAUUGAAGCCCAUGUUUUACUUUCCCAGGCAGGAUGGCUUUUUUACUGCAGAAAAAAUCCCGUCCAACGAAACUAGCAGCCCACCCAAAUGGAUUAGGUCUUUUUAUUGCACCGAGUCUAUCGAAUUAUUUCUCAAAAUCUUUUUCAUUUCUAGAGGCUUUGUUAAUAACAAAUCUUUUCCUGGGGAAACCUUUCGUGAUGAAUUAGAUCACCACAUGAAAUGUGUUGACAAUCGACAAAGCUUUCUUUUGAUCCUUACGGAAAACUUGGACUCUUUUCUCAAGAACGACGACGAAAUAUCCCAGUUUUUUGACCAGAAAACUCUAAAAAACGAAGAUUUAGUACAAAAGUUUUUCAAAGGCAAUUAUUCAAAUGCUGCUGAAGAGGAGCAGAAACUACGGUAUGCUGUAUCUACUCAUUUCAAGAAAUGGGCUGAUCAUGCACUGGUGCCAGCUGUAAUUCAAUCCCAUGGUGUAAAUAUUACCGUGAAAGAAGACAACACCCUUUCUUUUAAAGGGGCAAAAGGUAAAAUCUGGGAAUUGGGAAACUAUGUUGCUAAAAACGAUUCAAAUUUCACCUUUUCGCUUCAAGGCUUGACGAGCGGUGUAUUAAAGAUACCCAUUUUGGGUGAAAAGCUCGAACCUUUAGAUCUGCUCAAGGGAAUAUAUAUUUGGAAUCAAGAUAAAAUGGAUAACUUGGAUCAUAUGAAUAUGAAUAUGAAGGCUGCACAGGGCGCGUUGAUUGAUGCAAGUAAUUCCACAAUUACGCUAUUGGGAUACAUGUAUCGGAAUUUAACCGCCAAAAAUAGUUAG